CUCUUUCGCCGGAAGCGCUAGUGUUGUUGUUUUGUGUGUGUGUGUUUUUUUUUACAGCCUUAGGUUGUGUGUGUGCGCUUUGUUUUUUUUUUUUAAUUUUCCGAAAUGGCACGGAAUAUUUAGCAUUUCGACAACUUUUCAUUUGAAAUGAGUCUAUCGGGAUUAAUUUAGUUAGCUUGUGGCUAACGGUUAGACCGGAAGGAAGCCACAUUAGGCUCAGUUAGCCGUUAGCUGUUAGCAGUUAGCGUAGUCCGAGGAUUUAGACGUCAGAGUGCCAACAUGGCAGCAGGUAACCAGGGUCCAGCUUCGGCAGGUGAACAGAAGACGCCUUCACGCAAACAGACUGAAGCUAACAGGAAGUUGAAGUACAUCAGUUUGGCCGUUCUGGUGAUCCAGAAUGCCUCGCUCAUCCUCAGCAUCCGUUACGUGCGCACGUUGCCAGGAGACAGUUUCUUCUCCACGUCCGCCGUGGUCAUGGCCGAGGUCCUGAAGGUCUUCACCUGCCUCAUCGUCAUCCUAUUCCAGAAAAGAGGAAAUAUCUGGGACUAUAUAGCCUUGCUUUAUGACUCUAUAGUGGUGCAGUAUUGGGACACGCUGAAGUUGGCGGUUCCAUCGCUUAUCUACACACUACAGAACAACCUGCAGUACGUGGCCAUCUCGAAUUUACCAGCCGCCACAUUCCAGGUAACCUAUCAGCUGAAGAUUUUAACGACGGCGCUCUUCUCCGUGCUCAUGCUGAGGAAGAGUCUGUCCCGCGUCCAGUGGAUCUCUCUGCUCUUACUUUUCGCCGGUGUGGCCAUCGUCCAGGUGCAGCAGGACAGCAGUAAGAAGAAGGAGGCCAACCUCUCGGCCAGCUCUCAGAACUAUGUGAAGGGCCUGCUGGCCGUGGUAGUGUCGUGCCUGUCGUCGGGCUUCGCAGGCGUUUAUUUUGAGAAGAUCCUGAAAGGCAGCAGCGCCUCACUGUGGCUCCGCAACGUGCAGCUGGGGCUCUUCGGGACCAUCCUGGGCCUGCUCGGUCUGUGGUGGAACGACGGCGCGCAGAUCGCCGAGAAGGGCUUCCUCUUCGGAUACACGCCCAUGGUAUGGGCUGUGAUUUUUAACCAGGCUUUUGGCGGCCUGCUGGUAGCCGUGGUGGUCAAAUACGCCGAUAACAUCCUCAAAGGCUUCGCCACCUCGUUCUCCAUCGUGGUGUCCACGGUCAUGUCCGUCUACCUCUUCGGGUUCCACGUGGACGUUCUGUUCACGCUCGGCGCCGGCCUCGUCAUCGGCGCCGUCUACAUGUACAGCCUGCCCAAAGCCGCGGCUCCGCCCACCAGCGCCGGCUCCUCCUCUUCCUCGCAGACGGACGGGUUCCUUCCAAAGAGCCUCGAAAAGGAAAAAGGAAGCUGAAACAUGAAGGAAGAAGAUGGGAAUGAACACGGAUGGGAAUUAUGAAGGCGUAGGUCACUAACAAGGCUGUCUCUUCCUGGAACACUCCAGAAUGUGCUACAAGAUUGUUCUCUAAUAUUUACUUUUGUGUUGCUGUUUUAAAAUUACACUUUAAAAAAAUGCAUACAUGUAGCACAGUACAAAAGCUUCAGCACUGUGUGGGUAGAUUUAAAAAAAAAAAAAAAAAGAUAUACCCACAGUACAGUGCAAAAGUCUAGGCACCGUGUGUCUUUUAUUUCAUGACACUGACAUUUAUCAAGUAAGUACAAAAACUUUAGAUUCCAAGCAUUAGUUUUCCAGCACAGAAUUAAAUGGUCCAGAAAAAUGUUUGUAUGUCCAGGGAUGCAAACGCAUGUAUGAUCAAAAAAGAGAGAGGUAGUUGAGUCCCGUCCCCCCCCUCCCCGACGUGCAAAGGACAUUGAUUCAGUAGUUGAGCCCCCCCGGAUGUGUAAAGAACAUUCAGUAGUUGAGCGACCCCUCCCCCCGACAUGUAAAGAACAUUCAUUCAGUAGUUGAGCCCCCGACGUGUAAAGAACAUUGAUUCAGUAGUUGAGCCCCCCCGACGUGUAAAGAACGUUGAUUCAGUAGUUGAGCCCCCCCGACGUGUAAAGAACGUUCAUUCAGUAGUUGAGCC